AUGCGCGGAUCGAACGACCGCGUGGAGGUGUUCAAGCUGUCGGAGAACCUCUGGUUCGCCGGAACCGCGCAGCUGCCGCCGUUUGAAGACGUUGGAAACGGUGGGAACAGCGAAGGAGAUAACAGCGGCGGAGAUAGUAACGGCGGCGGAGAUAACAGCGGCGGAGAUAACAGCGGCGGAGAUAACAGCGGAAGCCACGGCAACAGCACCGGUUAUGACAACAGCGGAGGCGAUUCGAGCGCGGGGAUCGCGGACGGCCCGCGCGACUCCAUGGAGACGCGCAAGGAGGAGCUGCUUGCGCGGCUCCGCGGCGGCGGAAUGGAAGCCGCAAACGCCGGCGGCGAUCAGGGGAGCCCCGCGUCUGCGCCCGCCGCAGCCCCUGCGAGCGCGCCGGCUCCCGCUGUGGAUCCGCUGGAGCAACAGAUGGAGGAGCGAUUGGCGGAGGUGGGGGAAUUCUCGGCGCGCACGACAGAGCUGAAACAAGUGGUGAAGCGGAAACCGGCGGUUGGGUUUCCCGAGGUCCGUGCUUUUCCUCCUGACGUCGCUCCGUGUGUGGGCAACGGAAACAUCCUUCACACUGUCAACGUUGCGAUGGUUGUGUAUGACAAGCAAGGGAAGCAGCUCACUCACUUGCAUCUCCCUCCCUAUUCUCACUCGAUUCCUUUUGACUGCUUUCUCCUCCCCCACCCAUUCCCCUUACCCCCCCACCCUAUGCGCCCCCAUGGCAGCAAUGGUUGUGUAUGA